AAAACAAUAAUAAAAAUAAUACCCAGAAACAGAGAAAUUGAGCUUGAAGCUGAUACAAGCCAUGUCUUCUUCAACUUUCAAUCCAAAUAAAUAUAUAUAAAUUCUCUUCUCUAAUAAUCCAAAAUCUCCUCUCCUCCUUUGCUUUUUCUCCAAUUACUUCCUUCUUGCGUAUUUCAACUGGGUUCUUUCUCUUUCGAACUGGGUAUCAAUCUAUUUGAUGCCAAGUUCUAAGUUCAACUUCAAAUAUGUGAAAUUUUAGUUGCUUUCUUUACUUCGUUUUUCUAUUCUUGCUUUGGGAUCAAAGGUUUCUCUAAGCUAUGAAUCUCAGUAACGGAAAGGGAUCCAUGUCAACGGCCAGCUCUAGUGUAGCUUGGAAAGCUGGGGAUGUUGUUUCCGAUCAGUUUCCGAUAGGCCUGCGAGUAUUGGUUGUUGAUGAUGAUCCAACAUGUCUCAUGAUCUUGGAGAAGAUGCUUAAAACUUGCCUUUAUAAAGUUACUAAAUGCACUCGAGCAGAGCAAGCAUUGUCCAUGCUCCGAGAGAACAAAAAUGGGUAUGAUAUUGUUAUAAGUGAUGUUCACAUGCCAGACAUGGAUGGAUUUAAACUCCUUGAAUACAUUGGUCUGGAGAUGGAUCUGCCUGUUAUCAUGAUGUCAGCAGAUGAUGGGAAAAAUGUUGUUAUGAAGGGGGUCACCCAUGGUGCUUGUGAUUACUUGAUUAAGCCAGUUCGCAUAGAGGCGCUGAAAAACAUAUGGCAGCACGUGGUUCGGAAGAAAAAGAAUGAAAUGAAGGACUUGGAGCAAUCAGGAAGCGUAGAAGAAGGAGAUCGGCAGCAGAGACAGUCUGAGGAUGCAGAUUAUUCUUCUUCAGUCAAUGAAGGGAAUUGGAGAAACUCAAAGAAGAGGAAAGAUGAGGAAGAUGAAGCAGAUGAGAGGGAUGAUACAUCCACACUAAAGAAGCCGCGUGUAGUUUGGUCAGUUGAACUCCACCAACAGUUUGUUGCAGCAGUUAAUCAACUAGGCAUUGACAAGGCUGUUCCUAAGAAAAUUCUAGAGUUGAUGAAUGUCCCUGGGCUCACUAGAGAAAAUGUUGCUAGCCACCUUCAGAAAUAUCGAUUGUAUCUUAGACGACUGAGUGGGGUUUCACAACACCAGAAUAAUUUAAGCAAUCCUUUCAUCAGCCCCCAAGAAGCAACUUAUGGGCCGCUGUCCUCACUCAAUGGACUCGAUCUUCAAACUCUUGCUGCUACAGGUCAAAUACCAGCACAAAGCCUUGCCACACUUCAAGCAGCAGGACUUGGUCGAUCAGCAGUAAAAGCUAGAAUGCCCAUGCCUAUUGUUGACCAAAGAAAUCUUUUUAGUUUUGAGAAUCCAAAAUUGAGAUUUGGCGAUGGGCAACAGCAACAAUUGAACAGUGGUAAGCAGAUGAACUUACUUCAUGGAAUCCCAACAACCAUGGAGCCUAAGCAGCUCGCAAAUUUGCACCAUUCAGCACAAUCUCUUGGUAACAUGAAUAUACAAGUCAAUAACCAUGGUGGUCAGAGUAAUUCGUUGCUGAUGCAGAUGUCUCAAUCACAGUCUAGGGGCCAGAUACUAAAUGAAACGACCGGCUGCCUUGUUUCCACCCUUCCAUCGUCUGCAGGGCAGCCUGUUAUAUCUAAUACAAUUGCUGGUGGAGUUUUAGCAAGAAACGGUUUAGCUGAAAAUGGUAGAGGGACUGGAUAUAAUCCAGUUUCACAAUCACCUUCAAUGUUGAAUUUCCCCUUGAACAAUACAGCAGAAUUAUCUGGUAGUAGCUUUCCUCUAGGAAAUUCUCCUGGGAUAUCCAGUCUCACAUCCAAGGGGGCAUUUCAAGAAGAUGUUAACUCAGAAAUAAAAGGAUCAGUAGGAUUCAUUCCAAGUUAUGACAUUUUUAGUGAUCUGAAUCAGCAUAAAUCCCAUGAUUGGGAACUACAGAAUGUGGGCAUGACCUUCAUUGCCUCUCAUCAAACCAACUCUCUAGAAAGCAACCUUGACGUUGGGCCAUCAGUUUUAUCUCAUCAAGGCUUUUCUUCUAGCCAAGGGUCUGCCCAGAACAGGAAUAUAUCUGCUGUAGGCAAACCGAUGUUUUCUGCUGGGGAUGCCACUGAUCACGUAAAUCCACAAAGUGUAGGACAACAUGUCAACAACUUUUUUGCUGAUAAUUCAGUGAGGAUCAAGUCUGAAACAGUUCCUGAUGCAAACUGUCAGGCUGGCCUCUUUCCUGACCAGUUUGGCCAGGAAGAUCUCAUGAGCGCACUUCUCAAACAACAGCAAGGAAGUGUAGGACCUACUGAAAAUGAGUUCGACUUUGAUGGGUAUCCCAUGGAUAAUAUUCCUGUGUAGCAGUUCUCUUUGCAGUUUCUGAUGUACAUACCUGCUGUCACAGAAGAAUUUGAUUUUACCUCUUCUGUAACCAGAGGGAUGCAGUUCAAAUUAGUGUUUUUCUUAUCAGGGGACACAAUUGCUUGAUUUUGCAUAGCUGCAUUUGUUGUGUAUAUGAUGGUGUUCAGCUGGUUUAGUUUGGACAAAAGAAAAGCAGACAAAUGGGAAGUCCAGAUUGCAUAUUCUGUCUGGAAGGUAUUUGCAGAUCUUGUGCGAUAGCACUGCAUGAAAUGCCAAGGGCAUACAUGCAAAAUUUUGGCUGCAUUGGGUUGGAAAUCUAGUGAGAAGCAACUAAUUUUAGGGUGUUUGUGGAGUUGUCCAUUGGUCUGAGUUAUGAAGACAACUUCAACUUCUUAGACUUUUUCAGAAUUUUAGGAGAUUUUCUAACUCUAAUAACACAUCAAGUUUUUUUUUUUUCUUUUUUCAUCUUGUUUUAUUUAUAUUUUCUUAUUUAAGGAAUUGACCUUGAUGUAUAUAAUUCCAUUUGAUACCUCUAGACAUAAGUCUGGGUAAUUUUAAUUUCUUUUUUCCUUGA